CAAACCUGGGACUCUUUGAUUGGUCAUUGCGUCAAACAGGUAAAUGAUCUAUUUACCGACAGUCUUUUUAUGGCAUUAUGGUAGAAAUCACCAUAUUACAUAUAUUUUCCUUAUAACAAAGCAGUUUCAAUUAUAAUGUUUGACGAACCAGUUCAUUGUGAAUUAUUAAGGGAUAAUUAUUAGUUAUUUAGUGAGUGUUUUAUUGAACUGAGGAGUGAGGAGUUACACUUGAAAAUGUGUGGAAUUAAAAUGCUGGCUGUGCUAUCUAUGCUGCAAUCAUUGCAAUAUGCAGCGUGCAUAUUCUUCCACGAACCUUCGGCAGUUAUAGUUGCACCAUAUGAAGCUUCGAGUACACCAGAUUUGUACACAGACUUUGGAUUUACCCUGUCUUUCUCUAACUCAUCAAAAACAAUAGUGAUUGGUGCCCCAACAAUGGAUCACAUAGGCAAGGUGUAUGGAUGUGAAACGAGGUUCGCUGCCAUCGACAUCAAAAUGGAGUGUGACGAAAGAAUCAUGCCAUUUGACUGGCAAGAAGAACAUCUUGACAUGUUUCCAAAUCAACGCUAUUAUUUGGGCGGCUCCGUUGCUACUACUUCUAAAUAUAUUUUUGCGUGUGCGCCACUAUGGACGCAAGCAGAACGCAUGUCUGAUGGUCUUAAAGGUGACGCAUUUGGUACAUGUUUGGUAAAAGACGAAGUCGAUACUCAUCAGUACCGAGGAAUAUUUGAGCAACACUUGAAACAACCGACAAAGUUUAUCGACUAUAAACUAUUCAGUGGUGGAACUGGUUGGUCCACGCUGGUUGAUGAGGAGAAUGACCUGCUGAUAAUAGUAAAAACAUCGUUGACUGGAGAUAUCGUAUAUGUUCCUGUAUCAGAACCUUUGAACCCAGUGAAAUCGAUGAUGAACAAAAACAAAGCUGUACAGAAGAGCUUGGGAGCCUAUUGGAACUUAGGAUAUGGUAUCACUUCUGGAAAGUUUUUCUCAAAAGGUACAACACAUUACGCGUUCAGUAUGACAGAGAAAAAUAUGGAAGGAGCUAUAUCCUUUUUAAAGUACGAGCAUAAGCUUUUGUCCCUUUUGAAAGACAAAAAGAAACUAGUGAGAAUAGACAGUAGGCAUACAGCAGUAAUGUUCGGCACAACUUUGAGUGCAGCUGACCUUAACUUGGAUGGACUGGAUGAACUGUUAGUGGGUGCGCCUGCACAUUACGAUGAAGAGACAUUCGAGUGUGGAGCUGUGCAUAUCUAUUUGGGCGGUGAUAUGUCUACCAUCACCAGUUUGAAUAGAGUACGAACAAUUUUAGGAAGUUCUGAAUUCGGACGCUUUGGCACUGCCAUUGCAAGUAUGGACAUUGACGGAGAUAGCAAACGAGAACUGGUAAUAAGUGCCCCAUACGAGGAUGAUGGAUUAGGAACCAUCUAUAUACUCUCUGGUUAUGAGGUUUACCACGCCCUGAUGAAGUCCAAGGUCUUCAAGAGUAUCCAUCUAUCUGAGUUGAAGAUGACACAGAGAGUACAGAAGAAACCGUUCAGGAAUCUUGGAUUUAGCCUGCAAUUUGUCGAUGAUGUUGAUUUUAAUGGUUGUAACGAACUGGUGGCAGGUGCUCCCGGCGGCGGUCGGGGGAGAGCGCUGGUGUUCAAAUGCUUUCAAACAAUCAACGUGACCAUAUCUAGUGAGGUCGUUGGUGAACAGAUAGUAAGAGAACAGGACACAAAUUUUACCGUGAAAGUAUGCGCCCGAGUACAACUUAAAAAUGAUCCAAAGAAUAUUGUUGGAAACAUAACCGUCGUGAACAGUAUUAUAGGCGAAGCCACGUAUAUUCCUAAGCCGAAGUUUGUAAUAGACUUGACGUGCUUCGACUGUCAGAGAGACCAAUUGCAUUGUGAAUUUGUUACUGUGGAAUUGAAAGACAAGGAGCCGAGAUACUACACAUUUACAUCGAAAGCAGAACUUCAAAAUUAUCACAUUAAUAACAGAGACAGCACUGAAUUUAAUACCACAUGGGUAGUGACAAAUCAACAUAGUAAAUUAGAAAACAGCAUAGGGGUUUCAAGACACUGUAAGGGCAAUGACUGCAUACCAAAGCUAUCUAUGGAUAUCAUAUGGAAUGGCAGCAAAACAUACCUUCUCGGUUCUUCUGCAAAUGAGACGGUGACGAUACGAGUCCGUAACGAUGGCAACGCGUCGUACGAGUCGUGCGUUUGGCUGCGCGUGAGUGGAGCACCCUUAGGCCUUGGAAAGUGUGAUAAUUAUAAUGGAGGGUAUAGGUGCGAUUUGAACAAGCCUUUGAAAAGAGAAACUCAGCAAGAUAUAAACCUUAUUCUAAACAUGACGACACCCACAAACAUGUAUAAAGAACUUCUUGUCGACGCGUAUUUAUAUGAAAACUGCAACCAAAAGAGUAUACAGGAAAAAACAUUACAAAUACCUUUUACACUGACUUCAGAAGGCAUCUCUAUUAAUCAAAAACCACAUGUUCUAAAUACUACAGACAAAUUAAUUGCUGAAAAUGCUACUAUUUACGAUAAUCAUGAGUACGUGAUUCGGAACAAUGAUCUCAUAAAGUGGGAGAAAGUUCGAGCCAACUUUACAAUGGAAUAUCGACCAUAUUUUUAUUCAUUUAAGGUAUCAACAUCAGCGGGCGAUUGUGAAAGAUUCAAAAAUGAGGGUUCUGAUUCUAUGACAUACAACUGCACAUUACUCAUAAAACCGUAUUCAACGCAAAAAAUAAUAGGCACUACAGAAAUAUUCGGUAAAAAUUUAGAAAGUCUCAUAAACGAGAAGCUAAAUACUAAAUCUAUAUUGACACUAGAUUUGGACUCCAGAGUAACUCUGCUGAAAUCCGAAGCAAUAAAUGAAAUAAAAAUAGAGAGGGAGUUGACUUUGAGUAGGAAUAAGCUACUCAUUUCGUUGCUAGCUGUGUUCAUUGCUUUAAUUCUACUGGCUAUUUUGAUAUUUGUACUUUAUAAGUGCGGCUUCUUCUAUAGAAAACAGCAACGGAAUCUACUGGUAAUGAAAGAAAGUAUUCGCAGGAAAAGUAUUAGACAGAGUCACGUGUCUGGAACAGACGGUCCCGUCGAAGGUUUACAAAUGGAUGUUGACGAUGACCCAUUCGAUGAUAUUCGCCCAGUGACGACCAAUGAUAACGCGAAUCUAGUCGAUGAAAAGUUAUAAAAUUUAAUACGUAGAAGUGGACUAUAUAAUAAUUAAUAUUAUGAGUUUUCUUUUUUUGUGUGUUUAUAUGAUUAAUUAUUAUUAUGCUGAAAGUCUGGUUUGCUUUAAAUAAAAACAGAAUUUAUUUGUUUUUGGUGAAAA